UGCCUCUCAUGUGUUUGUCCUCUUUGUCUCCGCCCAGCUGCUCCUCUCCGUGUUAUGAAAGCAGAGAGCAGUGACAGAAAGAAGACAGACAGAGAGAGAGACAGAGUCUUCCGGUGCCAAAGCUGUGAAACUGAUCCACUACAGUCGUCCACGAUGCUCCGUGUCACCGCUGCCUCCCUGUGCACCUACUGCCAGAGGAUGAGGCUCCUCCGGCCUCCCUCUGCUUCCGCCUCCACGCUAACUUCUCCCGACAAAAGACUGGAGAACCAGCACACGGUGGACUCCCUUUACAAACUGUCGGUGGACAUCCGAAAGCUGCGCAAGUUCAAGGGCUGGGUUCUGUCAGAGAGCCCUGCAUAUGCGACUGAAACUGCUGAGCUGCUGAGGGACAUGGGCGCGGACACAACGGUAAUCACCCGCAUCCUGGAGACUCACCCUGAAGCUGUCCUGUGUCGGCCAGAGGACGUGGCCGCCCAGCGAGACCUUUGGAUGUCCGUGUGCCCCAACAAGCACAAAUUGAUGAGGAUCAUCGAGAAGUUCCCGUCUUCUUUCUUCACCUUAACUCACCAUAGCAACCAGCGGGCCAACAUAUCUUACUUCCAGAGUCUUCGCCUCAGCAGGAGGACCAUCGGAGAGCUGAUGGCCAGCGCCCCGCAGAGCUUCUGUCGACCUGUGGAGCAGAACCAGGAGGUCAUCCACACUCUGAGGGAGACCUACCUGGACCUGGGCGGAGACGAGGUCAACCUGUGCCUCUGGCUGAAGAAGCUCCUCAGCCAGAACCCGUACAUCCUGCUGCGACCGGCUGAAGCCUGGAGGGACAGUCUGGGCUUCCUCAGGGAGCAGGGCUUCACCACGGAGGAGCUCCUCAGCCUGGUUUCAAGCCUCAGAGCCUCCAUCGCAGAGCUGCGACCAGAGGCCAUGCAACUGGCACUCGCCUUCAUCGAGUCGGCUUUGGCUUGCUCCAUGGACGAACUCAAGCAAAUAGUGAUCCGUUGCCCUGCCAUUUUGUACUACUCCUUGCCCAUCCUGGUGGGGCGGUUCCAAGGAUUGAUGGAUGUCGGAGUGAGCACGGAGCAGGUGAAGGAAUGUCCGAAUGUCCUGGAGCUCACCACACAAAUGGCGCUCUAUCGUAUCCAUAAGUUGGCCUCCUACGGGUACGAUGUGUGCUCUGGAAGCCUGGACGUUAUCGUGGGAACAAAGACGGACUUUGAGAUGAGUUAUUGCAGGGUGGACCUCAGGCAGCAACGACCGCUCUUCAGCUCUGUAGCUCCACUCAUAUCUGCCGAGGACUGAAGGUUGUUGAUACACUGCAGGGAUUUACGACUUUGGUUAUGUUGAAGAUGGAAGAAGGACGAUUAAAAUACCAGCAACAUUCAAUGAAACUAAUGUUUCAGAGUCCUUUCAUUUAAUGCUGGGGGCUCUUAAAAUAUGACACUGAGUGUUUUGAAAUCUUUUUGUAUUUUAUAUGACAAAUAUAUCAAGAUAUAUACCGACAAGUGUGCACCGAUCAUUGCCAGUCAUUGUCGUAGAUUAAGAUUUACUACUGAUGGUGACAAAAUGUAACUGAACAUGUCAUGUAAGCAAUAAAUGCCAUGUCUAAA